AUGUCAUUAAGAGAUAUAGAUGAUUAAAUAAAACACCUUAAGUGUGAAUAUGCAUAAUAACAUGGAAACUAAGAAAUUAUAUAAGUAGAUGUGGAAAAUGAAACAGGGAUUGAAAAGAAGAAUCGUUUAUUAUGCAAAUAUUGUCUUUAAACUCCUCCAGGAAAAAAUAGAAUGGGGAUUGAGAAUGUUAUUCGAGUAAUAAUAGAAAAAUAUAAAAAUAUCGAAUAGUAUCGUUAAGAAAAAAUAAAUUAGGAGCAAUAAUAACUAAUUGAGAUAAAAAGUAGUCUUCAAAAUUUAUAAUCUUCAAUAUUUUAGAUAUUAAAUGAGACAAAUAAUUUGAUUGAUUAAUUGAACAAUGAACUCUCGCAUUUAAACUAUAAAAUAUAAGUUAACUUAGUGGAAGAAAUAGAGGAGGUAGCAGAAUAAUAUAGAGUUAAUUCAAUGUUUAAUGAUUAUAAAAGUAAUCAAAAUAACCUCAUUUUUGAAGAAUUCCAUAAAAAGUUUUCAGAUAUUAAGAUUUCAUAUUAAGAAAAAUUUAAAACCAAAGUGUAAAACGUAUAAGUGUCUAUUUCUAAUAUGAUUGAGUAAAUUACUAAAUAUAAUAAUCGAGAUGAAAAGAAGGAAAAAGAAUUAAUUGAAAAUAAUAUUUCAAGAAUUUCAAGAAUAAAAAUUAUUAGGGAUUAGGCAGUCCAAUGUAGCAAUAUAAGCGAGAUUGAUUGUAAUUGUAUUGCUCUUGCUUUUGAUUACGAAUGCAAAUGCUUAGCAGUCGCCACUUAUAAGAAAAAUGUUGUUGAUAUAUACAAUAUUGAGAAUAAAAAAUUAGAAGAUAUUAAAUCAACUUUAAAUCAUGAGGCAUAAGUUUAUUCAAUCAUUUAUAGUAAAAAUUAGAAUUGGCUUGCAACAGGGAUAGCUACGGGUGAAGUUUUAAUAUGGAAAUUCUAAAAUUUUGAAUGGAAAAAAUAUAUUGGUUUAAAUGCACAUUAAAGAACUGUUUUCUGUCUCCUACUGAACUAAAAAGAAGAUCUUCUAUUUUCAUGUAGUGAAGAUGAAAGUAUCAUAAUAUGGGAUUUAAAUAUUGCUUAAAAUACCAUCUAGAAACAGAAAGAAAUUAAGGUAAAUUAAGGAUCUAUAUUUUCUCUAACUCUCAAUAAAUCAGAGGAUAAGUUAGCAUGUUGCAGUCGAUAAAACUGCAUAAUUAUAUGGGAAUAUUCAAAAAAUUAAGAUUAAUGGUAUCGUAAGCAAGAUAUCAUGUCAUAAGAAUUUGGCCAUGGUUUUAGGAUAGGUUUUUAUAACAAUACUUAUUUGAUAUUUCAACCUUCAAACAACGGAAUUUGUAUUGUUUAUGAAGAGAAAGAUAAUAUUUUCUAAUAGUUUUAAAAACUCUAAUUAAAUCAAAUUGAUACUUAAGACAACAUUGGAUUAUCACCAAUUUAAUACAAUUAGACCAAAAAUAUCAUGAUAUUGAAGCAAAAUCAAUAUGUUUAUUUUAUUAGGUAAUUAUCUGAUAAGAAUUUUCAAAUAAUUGGUGAUUACAUAAAAUACCCAAAUAAUGGCCAUUUCUCAGCUAUAUCAUAAAAUGGAGAAUAUCUGGCAAGUUGCUAAUCAUCGAGUUCAGAUGAUAAAUAAAGUGCUAAAUUAAUUUUAUACAAAUUAGAUUAUGAAUGAAUGAAUAAAUGAG